CAGUUUUUUUUCAAUAUUUCUUGUAUUCCUUAUCUUAUUAAAAUAAUAGAAGAAAAUGAGUAAUACAAGUAUUCCAAGUUUUUCAAAUAUGCCAAGUAUGCCAGCAAGUUUUUCUGAAUCUUUACCUAUUUCCCCUGAAAGAAUUAACCGGUUUAGAUCUGAAAGGCUAGGAAAUAUACGUCCUCUCAAUGAGUUCUUCGAUAGAGAUAGACUUUCUAAGCCAAAGGGCAUGGGAGAUAUUGCCCAACGUCUUUCUUAUAACCUGACGCACUUUCAGUCGAACUAUAUUAUAAUUAUUUUAGGAUUGUUGAUUUAUUGCAUGAUUACCAAUCCAUACCUUCUCUUUGCCAUCAUUUUCAUUAUGUUUGGACUACAUUUUAUUCGUAAAAUGCCUCCAGACCAACCGCUUGUAUUUGGUCAAUAUGUUUUAACCCAAAAACAAUUGUAUACUGGACUUAUCAUAAUUUCUAUUCCUCUAUUAUGGAUAUCUUCGCUUGGUUCAACCAUAUUUUGGAUUGUUGGAGCUUCUGGAACAUUGAUCUUAGGUCAUGCUGCAUUUCUUGAACCAGGUGUUGAUAGUGGUUUUGCAUCAACUGCAGAUCAAGUGUAAAACUAACUAGGGGAGAUUUAUUAUAUUUUUAUUAUAUUAUUACAUUAGACAUAUUUAUAAAAAAUUAUUAUAUAUUUUACUAUAUUUAUAAAAUCGUAGGUGAAUGCUCGGAUCUUCACCUCAAAAUCAAAAAAAAAAAAAACAAUUAUAUAACAUAAUUACAAGAGACUGUUUAUAUUGUAUUUUAUAUUGAUCACACAAUUAUAUUAAUCUAUUAAUCAUUAAAAAACCUCUUUAAAAGUCACAUGGCUAAAUUUCCACGUGACAUCGAUUAUGAUAAUCGCGAUAAAUCGAGAAUUUUUUUUUUUUUUGUGAAAUGACC